AUGGGAAUGAAACAAGUGCUUAAGAACCUCGACGCAUUUCCUCGCGCAGAGGAUCAUUUAUUGCAGAAAACCCAAUCCGGUGCUCUUGUUUCGGUAAUCGGAUUAUUUAUAAUGGCUAUACUGUUUCUGCACGAGAUGGGUUAUUAUCUCACAACUUACACUGUUCAUGAGAUGUCAGUGGACUUGAAUCGUGGAGAAACUCUUCCAAUUCAUAUAAAUAUGACAUUCCCUUCUUUACCUUGUGAUGUUUUGAGUGUGGAUGCUAUUGAUAUGUCUGGCAAGCAUGAGGUGGAUCUUGAUACUAACAUAUGGAAACUUCGUUUGAACAGUAAUGGCAUGAUAAUUGGCACCGAAUAUAUAUCUGAUCUUGUUGAAAAGGAACAUGCUGCUCACAAUCAUGGUGAUGGUAAAGAUCACCAUGAGCAUUCAGAAGAAAAAGCUCACUUGCAAACCUUUGAUGAAGCCACUGAAAAUACUAUCAAGAAGGUGAAGGAGGCAUUAAAAAAUGGGGAGGGAUGCCGGGUAUAUGGCGUUUUAGAUGUUCAAAGGGUUGCUGGAAAUUUCCAUAUUUCAGUUCACGGACUAAACAUAUAUGUUGCACAAAUGAUCUUUGAUGGAGCAAAGAAUGUGAACGUUAGUCACGUUAUCCAUGAUUUAUCAUUUGGCCCCAAAUAUCCAGGACUUCAUAACCCACUUGAUGAGACACCAAGGAUUGUGCAUGAUGCAAGUGGAACUUUUAAAUACUAUAUAAAGAUUGUUCCAACUGAAUACAGGUAUCUUUCAAAAGAAGUUCUACCGACUAAUCAGUUCUCAGUUACAGAAUAUUUUUCCCCCAUUACUAGUCAAUUUGAUCGGACAUGGCCAGCUGUCUACUUUUUGUAUGAUCUAUCGCCUAUUACUGUCACCAUCAAGGAGGAACGCCGCAGUUUUCUUCAUUUUAUUACUCGGCUUUGUGCCGUGCUAGGUGGAACCUUCGCUGUAACUGGGAUGCUGGACCGAUGGAUGUUCAGACUUAUUGAAGCUGCAACUAAACCAAAGACUAAAAAGUAG